AUCAGUCUCUCUGUUGUUACCUAUGUUGCGUUGUCUAGUCGGUCAGACUUCACAAUGGGCCGCCAAAAGUGCUCAAAUUGUAGCCAUACGUGAGGCGGGUACAGAUUUUGAGAGGUUUUUUUUUUUUUUUUUUUUUUUUUCAUUAAAUAGUCGAUAAUAAAUUUUAGGCUGCAGCAUGUAAAACCCCAUGGCGGUUUAAACAGUAAAUUUUGAAAGAGAAAGAAGGUAUGUUUUUUUGUCGAAAUAUAAUUUUAAUUUUGUUGUGUUGCGCUGUUAUUUUUACAGUGAAGAUUGUCGUUGUUCGGGGGGGGAGGCGGCAAGCCAACCUGUGAAUUUAAAGAUAUACUGAAUAAAGACAGUAUUUUCAAGAUCGUUGCACUACCUUCAACAGCUGGAACCCAUCUCGCUAUUGUGCUAACAAAAACAGUGAAUGACUACUUUGAAAUCCUUUGGAAAGCCAUCAAGCACGACCCGGGGCCGGACCAAAUUAAAGGCUUGGAUCAGUGCAAGAAUAAAUUCCAGUGUCUUUUGCCUGGGAUGCCUUUUAUAAAUGUAGAGGUGGUUAUACAUAGAAUUAACAGCAAAGUCGGACACACCAGGACUGUAGACAUUGGAUCUCUUCAUGAAGCUAAUAAAGCUGGCAGCACUGGGAUGGCAGCAAACCUUGUGGAGCCUGGUGGAGAAAAAAAGCAAAAGCGACAGAGAGAAGUGGAGCCAGACGUCCAAUCCAUUGGCAAGUGCUUACGCAGAGGUGUUUUGGCCCCCCCGAAAUGAUAUUAGGAAAGCCUGCUGCUAGAGACAGAAUAAGAGGGAUCACGGUACCAGGGCUGCGGGAGGAGGACCUUUUAUAUCGGAGUAGAAGAGAUGACGAGAGCAGCACCAAUCCAACCAUAGUUGUAAGGAGUGGUCUGAAUUGUGGGGUAAGCCUUUGUCUUAACGGUGGAACUUGCAUGCCAGACCCAGUGAGCCCGCUGGGAUUUUUUUGCAUGUGCAUUCCAAGUAGAGCUGGAGAAUUCUGUGAGAAAUCUGUGGGAGGUGUGAUCAGCUAUUUUGCCCUGGCUCUUAUCAUUACGGGGGUCGUUCUCAUAUUGAUUUUGGUCCUUGUGUCAUGCUGUGCUAUUUUUGGUCUGUAUAUCAAAGAAAGAGAUCGUCUGGUCAGUUCUUUGAUGGAGAAAGGAUCUGCUCUUGGGUUCUGCUCAGAUGAAUGCCCCACAUCUCAGUCACUCAACCCUGUUUCCCAGUCCCAUCUUCGUGAGCAUCAGGAGUACUCAAAACAAAGCAGAUCAUCAUGUAAUGCUCCGGCAAGCAAAUCAAAUGCACAAUCAGCAACUUCUUCUGUCAAAAAGAGUGAUAGACUGUCUACUGCGACACCCAGCUCUGCCAAACAGACCGUGCCAGGCAAAAACACAAAAAUUGCUUCUCAAUGGCAAAAAGCAGGUAUGCAAACUUACAGGCCAUCUGGUUUUCGUGGGACGUCAACAGUCAGAAAGGUAAUGCCACAACAGCCCUCUGAAGAUAACUGGAGUUCAAGUGACGUGGGAACUACUGAAAGAACAAUUCCUGCCUAUAGGGCAAUCAAAGCCAGCAGCUAUUCUGCAAAAACUUCCAAUGAUUUUUGGGAAAUACACAGUGAGAGGGAGGUUGAAGACCACAGCCCACAUCUGAGUUCAUCAUCCAGUCCUCUGACCUUUGAGAGGCUGAUGAACAUGAUGCACAUCUACUUUGAAGCCAUCAAAACCUCAGACCCAGUCUCUCGAGCAGGACCCAGCACGGUCAGUCCACCAGGAGCAAAGAGCUGCAGGGCCAAUUCACCAAACAUGCAGAGCUUCAUUGCAACUGCAAAAAGAUCAGACAGCACCUCCUCACAGUGUGGGUCAGACAGCACCAACUCACAGUGUGGGUCAGACAGCACCAACUGACAGUGUGGGUCAGACAGCACCACCUCACAAUGUGGGUCAGAGAGCACCUCCUCACAGUCUGGGUCAGACAGCACCUCACAGUGUGGGUCAGACAGCACCGCCUCACAGUGUGGGUCAGACAGCACCGCCUCACAGUGUGGGUCAGACAGCACCACCUCACAGUGUGGGUCUGCUCAUUCCUCACCCAAUAGCCCUGUUAUUAACUGGCCUGUCUUAGAUUCAGGACGGCACAUUGCACUCUGCAUGUGGGACGAGAGUGAUGAGGAAUCCGAAAAAAAAUUGCUAUUACCAUGACCCUGAUGUUUUAUAAGAUAGUGCAUUUGCUUUUAUUAGCUAUUAAGAAAGAGAGAAAUAAAGGUAAUAAACUUAAGUCUGUAUCUUUCUUCUGACAGCCAUUUGGGUCCAGAUCCAUAUCUGGUAGUAUCUGGAUAUGGAUAAUUAAAAACCCAUCACCACUUUAAUUAAAAAAGGCAAACUUAAAAUUAGACCUGGUUGUUUCACCUGCAAAAGUCCUUUUUUUGCUUGGACC